CAUCCCUCGUUCAGAAAAAAGGGGCACAGGAUUGCCUAAAAUCGCUUGAGUGAAGUCCGUAAGUGUUCCCAGUGCAGAGUCAGGUGCACUCUGCAGGUUUGGUUAUUGCGCAGCUGCAACACUGUUGCGCACCGCUGCUGAAGAGAGGAAGACAGGUUGGUUUGGUUUGGGUCGGCACGAGCGCUGGAAGUAUAGCUACACAGCCGCUUGCUCAUUGUGCGCUGUUCAAGGCCUGUGUAAAUCCAGUGGGAAUCUGCAGCUUCAGCCCCUCUGACUGAUGGACGUCUACAGCUUCAUGUGUGCUGCGCUUCUGUGCACGGCGGUGGUGCACGGCAAGCCCACGUUAAGGAAAGACAGAGUUAUUCAUGACCCAGAAGUGGGCAGGCAAGCCCACGAAGAGAAAGGCUUCCAAUACGACCAUGAGGCCUUUCUUGGCAAAGAGGAGGCCAGGUCAUUUGACCAGCUCACUUCCGAGGAGAGCAAAGACAGGCUUGGUAAAAUAGUGGACAGGAUAGAUGAUGACGCGGAUGGCUCCAUCUCCACAGCUGAACUCAAGGCUUGGAUAAAACGUGUGCAGAAGCGUUACGUUUACGAGAACGUGGCUAAGGUGUGGACAGACUACGAUCUGAACAAAGACAACAAGAUUUCGUGGGAUGAGUACAAGCAAGCCACAUAUGGAUACUACCUUUCCAGCCCGGAGGAGUUUGAGGACGCUAAGGACCAGUUUAGCUUCAAGAAGAUGCUCCCACGUGAUGAGAGGAGGUUUAAAAGAGCUGAUCUGGAUGGGGACCUGGCAACAGACAGAGAAGAGUUCACAUCCUUCCUCCAUCCUGAGGAGUUUGAACACAUGAGGGAUAUUGUGGUUCUGGAAACCUUGGAGGACAUUGACAAGAACGGAGACGGACACGUGGAUGAAGAUGAGUAUGUUGCCGACAUGUUUUCCCAUGAGGACGGGGGUCCGGAGCCGGACUGGAUCAAGACCGAGAGGGAACAGUUUUCUGACUUCCGAGACCUGAACAAAGAUGGUAAAAUGGACCUGGACGAAAUCCGCCACUGGAUUAUGCCACAAGACUACGACCAUGCCGAAGCCGAAGCCAGACAUCUGGUGUAUGAGUCUGACCAGGACAAGGACCAGAUGCUGACCAAAGAGGAGAUCCUUGAAAACUGGAACAUGUUUGUGGGAAGCCAGGCCACAAACUACGGAGAGGACCUCACCAAGAACCACGAAGAGCUCUGAGCUCUCAGUGCAGUUUCUGACGUGUGUGAGGAGGAGGAGGGUUGAUGAACACCUUUGUCUUCAAAGUUCACUCAGACUCUUGCGCCUCCUCCCAUCUCCACAGCCACCACUCCAUCCUUUCCUCGUAGUAGUGGGACAGAUGUCAGAGUGUUGGAUUGUAAGUCAACACUGUAGAUGCUAAACAAGAGGAGGGAUGAGUGUUGGUCGUACCACUGACGCUAAAGGUCCGUCUCGGUUUGGUUUCUGACAUUCAGGAGCACUGACUCUUCAUCUCCGGUGCCUUCUUCACUGCCUCAGAGAUCUGCGUAUAGUCUUCAAUAAAACCUGCAACGAGCUUUAGUUGAAUUUUAAUAUACAAGAACAGUUUUUGAUAGCACUGUUAAUGUGAAACUACAGCGCAGAACAAUUGUUAAGAAUUUUGUAUUUAUUUGUCAAAUCUCUUCUCUACUUUAACUUUGAGAGGAAUAAUGUGAUCGUCUUUAUUCGCAAAUUAUGUUUAUUUGUUUACAGUUUCCCGGCCACAUGAUUUUAAUGACUUGUUGUUUUUGUGCUUUAAGAAAUGUUUAUUAACUGCAGUUAAUGGCAUGGUUUUUGCACGUGUUUAGAUUUAAGUGUAGCCUGUGAAAUAAUGUUUCUCUAUACUUUGUUUUAAAUGUAUUUAUUGUUCUACUUGGGCCAACAAUAUGCUCCAUGUUAAAUGUAAUUUACCUUCUGUCACAUUUGAGCUUUUUUCUUUUACAACUGUCUUUUUUAAUGACGGAGUGUGUUGAUUUGAAUACAUAACUCCACAUGACCCCUUGUUUCCUGUUACAUCACUCCAAGGUCAACUUUUUGUAAUAAAUGUACCAGUGAAUUUAUACUGCAUUUGGCAUUGUGUUUACAGUAUAAACCUGACCAAAAAGUAAUCUUUUAAUUAUUGUUUUCAAAUCAAAUUCUGUAUUUCUUAACGGGUACUUUGUAUGUCAUGAAAAGAUCCAAUUAUGUCCAACAUUUCUCUUUUUAUUGCACAUUUUGUUUCUGUUGUGCUUUGUUGUCCCAAACCUCAUUGCAUUCAUAGUUCACCACACACAUCAAUAUGUCUCCCUUUCCUCACUUCACAUGCUCCUGAAUUAUGUCAAGAUAAAUAAAAUGUAUUAUAUAA